AUGCGUUCCGGAUUACUAGUUAUUGGCUCACUCUGUAUCGUUUCCACACUUGGACAGGAUUGGGGUGGAAUGGGCGGAGGUGGUGGAUUUGGAGGUGAUGGCGGUAUGGGAGGCGGUGGAUGGGGAUACGGCGGAAACGGAGGCGACUUUGGAGGUGGUUAUGGAAAUGGUGGCGACAUGGGAGGCGGUUACGGAGGCUACGGAGGAGAUGGAGGAGGAAUGGAUGGAGGAUACGGCGGUGGAUAUGGCGGUGGCGGAUAUGGCGGCGGGGAUAUGGGCCCUUAUGGAGGUGGUGGCUAUGGAGACGGAGGCAUGGGCGGUGGAUUCGGCGGAUACGGAGGCAUGGGUGGAAUGGGUGGAAUGGGAGGAAUGGGCGGAUUCGGUGGAGGAUAUGGCGGAAAUCAAGGUGGUGGACAACCAGAUCAGUUCGGUGGUGUCGGCGGUUUCGGAGGACAGCCGUAUAUGGGAGGAAUGAACGGUAUGGGAUACCCUCAGUAA